UUUUACUUUCUUUAAAACAGAGCGAGUAUUGGUAGCUAUUCAAUUGUUCAGGUGGGGAAAAGAAGAAAAGCUAAACUCAGAUUAACUCACCGCCCAUCGCUUCAACCUCGCCACCGGCGGCGGCGCACCGAUUGAUUUUUUUCGUUUACUUUCGAGAUCGUAGCAUUAUUUCCAUGUCACCGGCAGUCGAAGAUUUUUUAUCCCCAUCAUCGUCCUCCACACAGCGUUCGUAUUUCCAGAACCCUAACCCUAGCGCUCAGGGACAUUUUACUGAUUCAGGUAUAUUCAAUAAUAGUUUCAAUCUCAUGAAUUCUAGUAAACUUGACUUUGAUUGUUCAAAUGACGCGGCGGCAGCGGAAGCGACCACUGUUCGUUCUUCGAGGAGGAAACACGUAAAAGUGAAGAAACAAUCAAGCUGUAACGGUCCAGUGAGUAAAAAAUCUGAUAAUAGUACACGUGAUACUACUGGUUUCGUGUUCAAUGCGACUACUAGUGGUUCAGUGUUAAGCUCGAGUUUAGGGAAAACGGGAUGUGAUGGGAAUGAUGAACGACAGCGUGACGGUGAGGUUUUGGAUUUUAAUCUAAUGCGGUUUACCAUGGGAGUUACUAAUAAUAAUCAAUUAGGAAACAAGAUGGGUGCAGAAAAGGUACAGAAGAGUGGAAAUAAUUUUCAGUCUGGUGAUUUAAAUUUUGUUUUUGGAGCUGAUGAUGAAAUGGGGGACAAUAGAAAAGCUAGUGAAAGAGGCUCUAAUAAGUUUGGAAAACUUAAUGGUGUGGAUAUUUUGUUUGGUGCGAAUAUGAAUAAUGGUGUACUGAACUCGAAUUCAAGCAAUAUUGGGCAUGAACAUGGGCGUGAAGGUGUAGGAUUGCAUCUAGAUGAUAGUGAAUCUAGUGGAACAGUUAGAAGCUCAGGUAUUGAUGGGUUUAUGAAGGUCAAUAACUUCAAAACUAUGCCUGAUUUCCAUCUGGUCAAUUCAAUGUCAUUCUUAAAUUUGGGAUCAAAAGGAUCAGGUGAAGCUGCACCCUCGAUGAAUAGCAACCUAAAGACAGAGGAGAACAAUACAUCAGAUAGCAAAAAAUUUGAAAAUCUGGGAUUUGUGUUUUCUGCCAAUCAUAGAGAUUUUCAGACAGAUUCGAGUAUUGGAAAACAAAAAUCCAAAGAGAAGGUUGACAAGUUAGCACCUGAAAGUGCUAAUAGGAAUGUAGAUAGUGGAGUAAUAUUUGGAAACAACAAAGUCAAUGGAAUCUUUCAUAUUGGAACUCAUAAUGAAAAAAAAUCCAGCUUCAAGGGAAACAUGAAAGUUGAUGAUGAAACGAACAUUAUGAAGAGUCAAGGAGCAGGAAGCUCUGAUCACUUAAAGAAGCAAGGGGAUAAUGUAGAUUCUGUUCUUGAUGGUAAUUCCACUUUUGUUUUUGGAAGUAAUUUAGGCAAUGCUUUCGGUGACAACCCUCAAUGUAAAGUCCCCCAUGACACAAAGACUUCAAAUAUCCAUGACCCCACAAAAGUCAGUACUACUAAGAAUAAGAUCAAUGAAGCUGGAACAACCAACAACUUCAGCUUUUCAAGCAAUGCUUCAUUUACAGGCUUCAAUACACCAGAUAUAAACAUUCCGGUUUCUUUCACAUCAGAUAUGUUUCCUGGUUUAGGUAAGAAGUUAGAAUUCAGUAAAAACAAUUCUGUAAGCCAAAGAAAGUUAAAAAAGACCAAGGCAAAAGUGAGACAACAAUCUAGCAAUCGUCCACAAGUUAUCCUGACUCAUUUAUCUGAAGGAGUCACACAGUCUUGUGAGGAGUCUCCUGGAUCUUGUUCACCUAUGGAUGUUUCUCCUUAUUGGGGUGCUGCUGACUGUGCACCAACUUCUACCAACCCUGCAACCUCUCAGGUUCAAAAUGAAGAUGCUGUUGAUACUACAGAGAAGCUUGGGGCCCAAAACUUUUCACCUUCUGUUACAUCAUUUGCUAGUGCUGACAUGGCAGUGAGACAACGGCCACAUCUGAAGAAGUAUAAGCUGAGAACUGGUCGUGUUAAUGUGUCCCAUUCUCAUAAACCUGAGCACACAAAGGCUACAGAUCAAGAAACAUGUGACAGUUGGCGAAAAAGGGGAAACGAGGCUUAUAAGAGUGGAGAUUUAUCAGAAGCUGAAGUAUGUUAUUCAAAGGGUAUUAGUUCAAUACAACAUACAGAGACACCUGGCGUUUGUAUACAGCCUCUUCUUUUGUGUUAUAGCAAUCGUGCAGCUACACGCAUGGCUCUUGGAAGAAUGAGGGAAGGUCUAAACGACUGUAGAAUGGCUGCUGCAUUAGAUCCCAAUUUCAUGAAGGUCAACUUGAGAUCUGCAAACUGUCAUUUACUUCUAGGAGAGGUAGAUGAUGCAUCAUACUAUUAUAACAAAUGCUUGGAGUCCGAGGAAAUCGUUUGCUUGGAUAGGAGAAUCACAAUUGAAGCUGCAGAAGGCCUGCAAAAGGCACAGAAAGUCUCGGAUUAUCUGAAGCUGGCUGCAGAGAUUCUUGAACAGAAAACAUAUGAGUCAGCAACCAAUGCAUUGGGAACUAUCACUGAUGCUUUGUCAAUAAGCUCCUAUUCAGAGAAACUACUUAAUAUGAAAGGAGAGGCUCUUCUCAUGCUGGGGAAGCAUAAAGAGGUGGUUCAACUGUGUGAGCAAACCCUAGAUACAGCCGAAAAGAAUUUUUCAUCAGUAUGCAAGAUCUCAUUAAGACUUUGGAGGUGGAACCUGAUGUCAAAAUCCUACUUUCAUUUGGGUAGGCUUGAAAUAGCUCUUGACUUAAUGGAGAAACAUGAGCAACUAAGAAGCAAGAUUGUGGGUCCCGAUGAGUCAUUAGCUCAUUUGGCUGUUACCAUUCGUGAACUUUUACACUGCAAGAAUGCAGGAAAUGAAGCCUUUCAGAAUGGUAAGCAUACAGAAGCAGUAGAGCAUUACAGUGCUGCAAUAUCAAAGAGUAUAGAAUCACACUCGUUUGCAGCUGUUUGUUUCUGCAAUCGUGCUGCUGCAAACCAAUCUUUGGGAGAAAUCAUUGAUGCAAUUGGAGAUUGCAGUAUAGCUAUAGCUCUCGACACAAGUUACCCAAAAGCACUUUCGAGAAGGGCCACCUUACUGGAAAUGAUUCGAGACUACAAACACGCAUCUGAUGAUCUUCAAAGACUCAUCUCCAUUCUUGAAACACAAUCACAGAAUUCACAAAACUCUCACAAGUCUGCUAGUAAUGGCAGUGUGAAAGAUCUAAGAAGAGCUCGACGUCGUCUUUCUAUUCUAGAAGAAAAAGCAAAAAAAGAAAGAUCCUUAGACCUUUAUCUCAUUCUGGGAUUAAAACCUACAGAUGGAGCAGCGGAUGUUAAAAAGGCAUACCGAAAAGCAGCUCUGAGACAUCAUCCAGACAAAGUCAACCAACAAUGGAAAGCGAUUGCUGAAUCGAUUCAGAUGGAUGCUGACAGACUCUUCAAGAUGAUUGGAGAGGCAUAUGCUGUGCUUUCAGACCCCGCCAAGAGGUCAAAGUAUGAUCUUGAAGAGGAAAUGUGGGAUGACAUGGAGAUAAACGUAGGCAGCAGUAACAGAAGAGGAUCCGAUUUUUUCGGUUCACAAGAAUCGAGAAAGUCAUACGGAUACAGUAACGGUAACUCCCAUUAUUACUAUUGGCAGCAGGAACCGAGAAAAAGUUACCAUACCUCCUAUCCACGUUGGUAAAUUCAUAACAAACACUGAAAGAAAAUUUAAUCACACAUACAUGACAUCCAAACAUCAAGAAAGGAUCAUAUUUUUAUUACAUGAUGAUGAAUAAGGUGGAGGGAUGCCCUGGAGUUGCAUACAUGGUCUACAGAUGUAUACAUGGUGAAUUGGUGAAAUCUGAUUGAUUAUUUUUGUUCAUUUAUUAUUGUGUUUAUGCUUAUCAUUGUGACAGAUACAAUUGCUAUUUGUCAUUUUUAAUGUUACUAAGUUGAUUAUCGGAGACUGGAAAAUAACUCCCACUAUAUAUUAUAUUAUAGUAUGUAUAUACAUACACAUCUCUUUUGAAAGUCAAAAUAGCUCGCUUUUCUA